GAGUCAGUCUUUUCGCGAAGCGCAGUCUACGUGGGCGUAAAGCGCAUAUGUUAAUGUCACAUCUGUGUUAAGUUAUUUUACUGGAAUCGCCUAUUUCCAUCCAUUAUUUAGUUCUAUAUUUCAAAGUCGGCACAAUGUUGAAGAUUAAACAUUUUUGGAUAAUGUUUUCAUUAAGAAGAUCUCGUAAAUAUUUCAAGGAUUUUGAUUGUACAAAUAAUCGAUCAAUAUCGGAAUGAACUGAAAUGAAGAUUAACAAAUAUCCCCUAAAUACUUUAAUGCGCCUCAACUUCGAAGACAAACGAGAAUGAUAAACCUCGCAUUGUAAUAUAAAUAUCUAAAAAAAUAAUGCAUUAUGUGAUUACGCGGAUCUUAUGGUAUAGUUUGUUAGUGAGAAUACAACGUACGAAUCGCAAUGCGCAUAUAUUUGUGAUGUCAUGAACAGUUUCUUCUUUUAUUAAACUCGAAUUGAGUCGUUAUAACAGUGCGAUCUCAAAAUGGCUCGGUUAUUUAUGCAGAAACAAUGGAUGCAUUUAGUCGGACUGUUUUUAGUGAUUAGUUUAGAAAGCUUACACGAAGUUUACGGGGACAAGAAGACGGAAAAACCGGAAACAUCCACAUUACCCGAGGUAAAGAAACCUCUCUGCUGCGCCAGAUAUCAGAGAAUGAUGAACGUUGGCCAUGGGAUAUCUGGCGAGCCAAUACCGAUAGAUGUUGGUUACUGCAGGAGCUUUUGUCCUCGACAUUUUGUAGACGAUCCUGGAGAUCUUAGUCGUCCGGCAGUUCAGAAAUGCACGCCGAACAUGCUCUGCCGGCCGAGAACGGCGAGGCUGGAACGAGUCUCGACAAUCGAAGGUGUCAAAACCGUCGAAGUCGUGGAAACGUGCGACUGUUCGGCCGGACACGCGUGUCGCCGAGAGCUUUAUUCGCAAGCUCUGCACGUGGGGACGCCCUUCCAAGUGGAAAUAGACGUGGGCGCCUGCGUCGGGUCGUGCAGGAAAUAUGGCUGCAGACCUUCGAAGAACAGUACGAUCAGUGUGCGAGGACCUAACGGUGGAGACGAAGUUUACCAAGUCAUAGAGAAAUGCCGUUGUGCCAGCAUUUGCCACAGAAUGGAUCACAUGGAGACAAUAUUAGAUUUUAGUGGCAUCGGAGUAAAAGAAAACAUGAGAAUAGCGGAUGUUAAGCCUGUCGUGAAACAAAUCAACGUUGGAAAAUGCGUGGGAACGUGUUCUGGCAAUGCAACAGAGACGUGCUUAUUGAGGGAUAGAGUAAAUCCCGUGAAGUGCCUGGCUGGUCUUUAUUCGGGGAAUCAGAGUUGCACUCCGGCGAAAUUCAAGGUUUAUGAAUAUAGAACUCGACGGGGAAUGAAGAGGGAGAUUAUUCAAAUCACCCAAUGUGCCUGUAUUUAGAUCAGCUGUGCACCUUAGGCUGCAUUAAAGAUAUAGUAUAUGAUAAGUUUUACGAACACAGCUUUGUGAUAAAUAUAUUAAUAAGUUAAUAUAUGUUUUCAAAUGUU